AAACCCACAGAUAACCCCUCCGCCUCCUCCCCUUUGGCCUUUGCUAGCAACUCUAGCUAGCAUUAGCAAACCACCUCUCCUCUCGCACAACUCUCCCCCAUACGCACAUGCAGCCAUAUCUUCAGCUAGCUUCUCUCCGCCUCGCCACCACCAUCCCUCUCGCCCCAAGAUUAUACGACGCGAACCUUCUCGCCGCCUCCGGGGCGGCCAUGGCUUCUUCCAUGGCCUAUAUAGCGCUCCUGUGCGCGGCAUUGGCAGCCGUCGUCGCGCUCCUCCGCUGGGCGUACAGGUGGAGCCACCCCAGGUCGAACGGCAGGCUGCCGCCGGGCUCGCUCGGCCUCCCCGUCAUCGGCGAGACGCUGCAGUUCUUCGCGCCCAACCCGACCUGCGACCUCUCCCCCUUCGUCAAGGAGAGGAUCAAGAGAUACGGGAGCAUCUUCAAGACAAGCGUGGUGGGGCGGCCGGUGGUGGUGUCGGCCGACCCGGAGAUGAACUACUACGUGUUCCAGCAGGAGGGGAAGCUGUUCGAGAGCUGGUACCCGGACACCUUCACCGAGAUCUUCGGCCGCGACAACGUCGGCUCCCUGCACGGCUUCAUGUACAAGUACCUCAAGACGCUCGUGCUCCGGCUCUACGGCCAGGAGAACCUCAAGUCCGUGCUCCUCGCCGAGACGGACGCCGCCUGCCGCGGCAGCCUCGCCUCCUGGGCCUCCCAGCCCAGCGUCGAGCUCAAGGAAGGCAUCUCCACUAUGAUAUUUGAUCUCACAGCCAAGAAGCUGAUCGGCUACGACCCGUCCAAGCCGUCGCAGGUGAACCUGAGGAAGAACUUCGGCGCGUUCAUUUGCGGGUUGAUAUCCUUCCCACUGAACAUCCCUGGCACGGCCUAUCACGAGUGCAUGGAGGGGAGGAAGAACGCGAUGAAGGUGCUGAGGGGCAUGAUGAAGGAGAGGAUGGCCGAACCGGAGCGGCCAUGCGAGGACUUCUUCGACCACGUGAUCCAGGAGCUGAGGAGGGAGAAGCCGCUGCUGACGGAGACCAUCGCGCUGGACCUCAUGUUCGUCCUCCUCUUCGCCAGCUUCGAGACCACCGCGCUGGCGCUCACCAUCGGCGUCAAGCUCCUCACCGAGAAUCCCAAAGUCGUCGACGCACUAAGGGAGGAGCACGAGGCAAUCAUCAGGAACAGGAAGGACCCCAAUUCCGGCGUCACGUGGGCCGAGUACAAAUCGAUGACGUUCACGUCUCAGGUCAUAAUGGAGAUUGUAAGACUCGCAAACAUCGUGCCGGGAAUUUUUCGGAAGGCGUUGCAGGAUGUUGAGAUCAAAGGCUACACAAUUCCAGCAGGAUGGGGUAUCAUGGUGUGCCCACCGGCAGUGCACUUAAACCCUGAGAUAUAUGAAGAUCCGUUGGCCUUCAAUCCAUGGAGGUGGCAGGGAAAACCAGAGAUCACUGGAGGAACGAAGCAUUUCAUGGCCUUCGGUGGUGGGCUUCGGUUCUGCGUUGGAACUGAUCUCAGCAAGGUUUUGAUGGCAACAUUCAUACACUCUUUAGUUACAAAAUACAGUUGGAGGACAGUGAAAGGAGGAAACAUAGUCCGAACCCCCGGUCUCAGCUUUCCAGAUGGUUUUCAUAUCCAGCUCUUCCCUAAGAACUGAUCGUUUUUUUACCUCGGCGGUUUGGUUUUUGCCACUAAACACAAAAAUGUGUGUGCAAAGAUGUCGUUGGGUUUUUAUCCUACGUCGAUAAUUGGUGAUAGAGAGCACAACUUAAAAGAUGGAGUGGUCAUCACUCACUUGGUCAACCUCUCGGGUUGUGUAGACCCGUCGACCUUAAGUUGUGGCUUCGACUAGACCUGAUAGACUGGAUCCAAGAUGCGUUUGGGGGCUGUAACAAGUGGCCAGUCUGAAUGAACCGAUGUAUGAUGGGAGAGAUUGUUGUGGGGGAGCAUAACUUAGGCUAGUUUUAGGUUAUUUAAGGACAACAGAAAAGGAUGGAAACACAUACUUAGUCUAGUGAUAGAAUAGACACAUCUCAGAUAGAAGUAAUGUCAUGUUACCGAGUGCUACCUCUAGUCCGUGAAAAGGGGUUUUUGUACCUUGGUAGUUCGUUUUUCAUGUGGUUAGUCAAGUCAACUAUCCAUGUGUUGUACUCCGUAUAUAAAUCAACCUAUACAUGUCUAAUGAAGCAAGAAUAUAUUCGUUAUGUA